AUGUCAAAUGAUAAUUUAUUUUAUGAUUUAGAACAAGAUAAUAAUCCUUCAUUUUAUGGUAAUACUUCAUUAUUAAAUAAUCCUUAUAAUAUACAAUCACCAUCUUCAUCACCAUCGUCACCAGAUUUAGAAGCAGAAGAAGAAGAAGAAACAACUGAAACAAAAGAAACAACAUCAUCAACAGCAACUCCACUACAACAACCACAACAACAACCACAUACACCUAAACAGCCGAAAGAAAAUGGUAAACAACGACAUCAUAAUUCUAAUUCACUCGACAACAAACUUCAAUCCCCUCAACUAAAACAACAACAAUCAACAUUACAAAAAUCAAGACAAUCAUCUCCAACAGCAAAUCCAUUAAGUGAUAAUGAAUAUCCUAAUGAAUUAGUAAACAGUACUAUAGGGUUAUCUAAUAAAAUUACUCAAUUAUUAGAUGAUCCUGAUUUACAAAUUGAUAUAAUUAAUUCUGAAAAAUUAAUAAAUUCAUCAAUUAUUGUAUAUACAAUACAAUUAUUAUCAGAAAAAUCUCAAAAUAAAAUAGUUGUUAAAAGAAGAUAUAGUGAAUUUAAAUCACUUAGAGAUAAUUUAUUAAGAUUAUUUCCAACAAUUAUUGUUCCACCAAUUCCUGAAAAACAUUCCAUAUUAAGUUAUUUAUUAAAUUCAAUAAAUAGUGAUAAUGAAAUUAAUAUAAUAGAAAUGAGAAAAAGAUAUUUUAAAUUAUUUUUAAAUGAUUUAAUAUUUGAUUCUGAUUUAAAAUUAAAAAAUUGUAUUUUAUUACAUAAAUUUUUUGAUCCAAAUUAUGAAUUAUGUUGGUAUAAUGCUUUAAAUGAACCUCCAAUAAGUUUUUUACCAAAUAACUUGUUGUUAGCAAAUCCUGUAAAUCCUGCUGAUCAAAAUGGUUUAUAUUCUAUAUUACCAAUUGUAAAUGGAUUUGAUAUAAGUUCAAAAACUGAUAAUUUAUCAAAUUUAAAAAAGAUAAAUGAUGAAUUAUUUAAAUUAAAUGAUCAAAUUAAAUUAUUUGAAUUAAAAGGUUUUGAACAAGAUUUAAAAUUUAGUAUACCACAAGAUUUAAUAACUUUUGAAAUGAAAUUUCACAAGAUUAUAAAAAAUUUAAAUAUUUUAAAUAAAUUAGAUAUAAAAACAACAAAAGAUUACAAAGGUUUAAUAAAUAUUUUAAUUGAUUUAGGUGGAAAUUUAAAUAAUUUUUCAUUACAAAUUUAUAAUCAAAAAAUUAAAAAAGAUUCAAAUAUAAAUGAAUUAAGUGAAAGUAUUGAAAAAUUUGGUUCAACAAUGGAUCAAUCAUUUUUAAAUUUUGAAAAUUUUGUUUUUAAUCAAUUAAUUCCUCAAUGGCAAGAACCAAUAAAUCAAUUAAUUCAAUAUCAUCAAACUUCUUUAAAUUUAAUUAAAUUUUAUAAAUAUAAAAUUAUACAAUUUAAAAUACUUUAUAAAUUAAAAUUUAAUAAAUUUCAACAAUUAAUAAAUAUUAAUAAUUUAAGUGGUGGAAAUAAUCUUGGGUCAAGUAGUGUAAGCUCAGCUCCACCACCAACUCCAAGUUUUGCAGAAGCUAAAACUCAAGAAGAAGAAGAUGCAGUAAUUAUAAAUUCAUUAGAUCAUUUAAAAGAAUUAAAUAGUCCAACAUUAAAUAAUGCAUUAAAAAAUAUUUCAAUGAAAAAAAUUACAAAAAAAUCUUCAUGGUAUGGAUUAUUUGGAGGAAAUAAUCAACCAAAAAAAUUUAAUUUUCAAUUACCUGUUGAUAAUACAGAUAUAAUAGAAGAAUCUAAUUCACAAUCAAAUUCACAAUCACAAUCUAAUCAAAAUAAUGGUCAAUCAAAUUCAAUACCAAAUUCAUCAACAUCCACAACAUCAUCCUCAAAUUCAUUAACUCCAACAAUUUCACAAACAACAAAUUUAAAAUUUAAAUUACAACAUAUAGAAAAAGAAUUAAAUAAAAUAAAUCAAUUAAUUGAAUUAUGUAAUAAUGAUAUGAAAAAUUUAACUAGCGAGUUAUUAACCACGUUUAAAAAUUUUUUAAAAAAUUUAGAAAAAAAAUGGUUAAUUAUAAUGAUUAAUUAUUUAAAAAAUGGUCGAGGGUUAUUUGAAGAAAAUUUAAUUAAUUGGAUUAAUUUUAAAGAAUCGUUUUUUGAUAAUAAUUCAAUAGAUGAAAUUGAAAUAAAAUAA